AUGACCGGGUUGGCGAACAUUGUGGUCGCUGGCGAGGGCUCAAUUGUGCAGACUCUGUUUACCAUUCAGCAGUUGUGGCCCAGUAUGAACGAAGCUCAGCAAAUGUGCGAGCAUCUUUACAGUUUGCUAAAAAAAAUCGUUUACAACAACCUGAAGAACGCGAACAACGUGGUGGAUUCUACUGACAGUGAUGCAAGGACAAAGUUUGUGGCUGCGUUGACUACGUUCGUGAAGUUUCUAAAGCUGUACUCGAAGAAAGAGCUGCUGUUCUGA